AUGAAGAUGCCUUCCAUCAGCAGCAUCGCCCUGUCUCUUCUCACCCUGUCCGCCGCCGGCCUCGUCUCGGCUGCGCCAGAUGUCCGGGCUGAGCUGCUCCCCUGUGGGUGCGCCGCCUUCCCGGCUUAUGUGGCGUCGUCGGGCAACGCCGGGCCCUGGUCCGUCCACGCCGACGGCACCGGUGAGCAUAUCGAUGGAAUCGGCUUGAUAGCCGUCUUCUCCCGCGGUCAGCAUGAGAUUCGUUGGGGCAACCUGGCCGUCAACGACCUGCAAGGAUACGCGACCAACCCGCUCCGCUGCGUCGGCGGCCCGGCCCCCGGCUCGGGCGUCCAAGGACUGGUCCCCACCGGCGUCUCGUCGUACACGUGGGAGCCCAUGGUGGCCGCCGACAUCCCCUACAGCUCCCUGCUCAUGUACAAGGUCGAGGGGACGCCCAUCGAGCCGUAUGCGCUGUACAAUGUUGACGACGACGAGAGGCGGCCCGGCGUCUUCCUCGGUUCCGGCGGUUACGCCACUUGGGGCUUCCGGAGGCAGGAGUCCGCCGAGUUCGGUGUCUACUGGGAGACGCGCCUGCUGGGUGCGAACAGCCAGGACCCCAUCACGGGCGAGCCGCUGUUUGAGGGCGAGAUUACCGGUUUCCUCAAGGUCUGGGGCUGA